AUGCGCCGGGCUUCGCUGCGCUCUGGGCUUUGCGCGGCGGCGGCGCUGAUCCUGGCCGCUUGCGCGUCGCUCUGCACAGGUCUAACGUGCAUCUGCCAUUGGUGUGAGAGAACAAAUUUCACCUGUGAAACAGAAGGAGCAUGCUGGGCUUCUGUCAUGCUAACAAACGGCAAACAAGAGGUGGUGAAGACUUGCCUUUCCAUCUUAGAACUGAAUGCAGAAGUCUAUUGCCAUGACUCCAAGCCCAUCACCAGGAGGAAAUGCUGCUACACAGACUUCUGCAAUAACGUCACUAUCCACCUGCCCCCAGACUCUUCAAGCAAACCAAAGCUGAGACCAGUAGAAGUGACCGUCAUUAUAACCAUACCAGUAUGUGUGUUGUCGGUAGCUAUUCUGUUGACUGUGUAUACAUAUCAAGGCCCCCACUGCAGAUUCAGAAAGAAGAAAAGGCCAAACGUUGAAGAGCCGCUAUCCGAAUGCAGUCUGGUGAAUCCUGGGAAAACACUUAAAGAUCUGAUUUUUGAUAUGACAACAUCAGGGUCUGGAUCUGGUUUACCUCUUCUCGUCCAAAGAACUAUCGCAAGGACUAUUGUUCUUCAGGAAAUAGUAGGAAAAGGUCGAUUUGGGGAAGUCUGGCGUGGAAAAUGGUGUGGAGAAGAUGUAGCUGUCAAAAUCUUUUCUUCAAGAGACGAAAGGUCUUGGUUUCGUGAAGCAGAAAUCUAUCAGACAGUUAUGCUGAGGCAUGAAAAUAUCCUUGGUUUUAUUGCUGCUGAUAACAAGGAUAAUGGAACCUGGACUCAGCUGUGGCUUGUAUCUGAAUACUAUGAGCAAGGCUCUUUGUUUGACUAUUUAAAUAGCAACACUGUGACUGUUGAUGGGAUGAUUAAACAGACCUUUUCCAUUGCAAGUGGCCUAGCACACCUUCAUAUGGAAAUCGUGGGUACACAAGGCAAACCCGCUAUCGCACACAGAGACCUGAAAUCUAAAAACAUUUUAGUGAAAAGGAACGAGACCUGUGCAAUUGCUGAUUUGGGACUGGCUGUGAAACACGAUUCUGUCUUAAACACAAUCGACAUUCCUCAGAAUCCUCGAGUAGGAACAAAGAGAUACAUGGCUCCAGAAAUACUUGAUGAUGCCAUAAACAUCAAUAUCUUUGAAUCCUUUAAGCGAGCAGAUAUCUAUUCUCUUGGCUUGGUGUAUUGGGAGAUAUCGCAAAGAUGCUCAGUGGGAGGAAUUGUUGAGGAAUAUCAGUUGCCUUAUCAUGACGUUGUCCCUUCAGACCCCUCAAUAGAAGAUAUGAAAAAAGUAGUCUGUGAACAAAAUCUUAGACCAAAUAUCCCAAAUCAGUGGCAAAGCUGUGAGGCACUCAGAGUAAUGGGCCGAAUUAUGCGGGAAUGUUGGUAUGCCAAUGGGGCAGCUCGCCUGACGGCACUUCGCAUUAAGAAGACCAUUUCUCAACUCUGUGCACAAAAAGAUCCCAAAGCUUAAGUUUGCACGUGCUUCAAGAAAGAAGAAGAAUGUGAAUCACUUUGCAUUUUAUUUUUGCAUUGUUUUAACUAUGCUCUACCUCACUGUUGCAGAGUUUUUAGUACAUUGUAUAGGUACUUACCCCUAAAAAAGCUUCACUGGAUGUUCAAAGCCAUGGUUAAUUUUAGGUUUGUGGUUUGAUGGUGCCACCUGUCCUGGCAACCCACAGAAAUGCCCUUUUAUGCAGCAUAAACCCACCUGGGAAAUGCCCUAUUGCAGCAUAGACUCACCUGGGAACUGAGUAUUGUGUAAAAAUCAGGUCAUUGCAAUGGGGUGCUUUUGUGGGCUGAUAUUGCAAUGGGGUCACUGCAAGGCUUUUGUGGGCUGAUUUCCAUGAGACACAUAUUGCAGUGUAUGAGAUCUCAGGGACUCUGAAACCAACCUGUGAAAUGUCACAGUGAUAUGUUACUUACAUGUUCUCCUCUUUUCCCACACGUGUUGUUCUUGCUACAGGUCUGAGCUGUGGUGCAGUGCAGAAGGAGACCCAGCCUCUCUCCUGCCCCUUUACCCUGUUACCUUGAACAGAAAGGACCCAGGGAAGGAACUAUUUCAUCCUAUGCACAAGAACACAUUGGACAUGUGCUGUAAAUAACUCCUCCCUGGACUGUUUUUGUUUAAAAUAAUAGCACGCCUGAGGAAGGGGGAGACCUGGAGCACUUUCUGUACCAUGCCAUACUCCUGAUCCGCAGCAGAAACAGCAUGCACGUUAAAAGAGGUGAACAAGUUAAUAAUGCAUGACUGCCACGCUGAGUUUACAGCUUGGGUCUGGGGUCCUCACGUCAAAAUGAUCUCCAAGCUACAAACACACAGUAAAUAAUAGAAGAAACAAUGAUGGUAGUCCAAUACCAUCGUUCAUAAGCUUGGUAUUGUAGGAACAACCGAAUAUUAAGUAUCUUUUGUUCACUAAGAUUGGGUUCCUGCCUAGCCUACAGUUUUGGUCCCUUUCUUAUGUAUCGCAAGACUUCUUGCUCAUCUAAAAAUCUGUGCCUGACUCACAAGACCUCACAAGAUGGGAUGUCCUUAGAAGAUCUUAUCUGGCCGCAGGCUAGGGGCCUGUAUUGAAAGGUUUCCACAGGAUUUGAAUAAUGAUGCCCAACCAGAAGGACACUGUGAUGUCUGUGUUCUCCCUGGACUGCUGAAAGGACUCUGAAUGUUUGUGAGACCUUCUCUGGAACAGUAAAUCUCAAUUGGCUGCUAUCAUGGAGGGCAGGUAUCCCUUCUGCCGGAAACCAGAAUGUGCUUUAGUAUAUCUGUUCUAAAAUAUAUU